GCGGAAGCGGCGGCGCGGAGCGGCGGGGGACCCGGCGCGGCCACUGGUGGCGGUGGCACCAUGCAGCAGGAGGCGGAGGGCGGCCGGCUGCGCCGCAGGAAGCCCGACAUGGCCCUCUACGUGCCCAAAGCACGGCGGGAGAGAGCGGCGCAAGCGGCGGGUGACGUGCCGGCCAGGCACUGCCGGGAGCCUGAGAACCACCGUGUGGCACAGGACGCUUACCGGGGCAGUGGCGAGGGGCAGAGGCGAAGCUCCCGUGCCAGGACACACGUAGGCAGAGCGGUGAAGAAGGAGAACAAGGUGGAUGCUGGCCCAAAGGAGCCGCGGGCAGCCUCUGCUGGGCACUGCCGGAGGCUGGGAGGCAGCUGCCCCAUCACACCAGAGAGCCUGAGGGCAAUACCCAGCGUGCAGGAGCCAUGCCCGGAUCCAGCUGUUGCCCAGCCCUGGGAUGGGCAGGACAAAGCAUCCCAUGAUGAAGAACUCAGGGAGCUCAGCCGUGGCUGCCAGAUGAUGAGGACCAAGCCUGACCCUCCAUCCCCACCGAGUGCCCAGCCUGGGGCCACGGAGGCUACUCCCGAGCUUGGGGGUGACCCCGCUAGCCCAGCGCCCCCCGCUAGCCCAGCACCAGUGUGUUGGACAGGGCCAAGUGGUGUGUUGGAGCAUUUGGGGGACAGCACCCCAGAUCCAGCCAGGGACCUCUGCCAGCACCUGGGAGAGGGUGUCCUGCCGCCAGCAAGGGCAAGCGACCAGGGCAGUGUGCCCAGGCUGAUGUGGGAGGCUGCAGAUCCAAAAGCCCAGGGAGAGGAAAGGGAACCUGGGGGGCUUCUCCUGGCAGGGCAGAGCGAGGCUGGGGUGCCGGCAGAGGAGGAGGAAGAGGAGAAGCAGGGAGGCAUGGCUGAGCUUGCUGGGGAGAGCACCAUGGAUGUACCAGGAGCUGGCUGUGAAACCGGGUGCUUGAGGGGUGGUGUGGGCGAUGCGCCAGUGCUCCCCGAGGAGAAUACCCCGAAGCACAACGUGGGCAGCCCAUCCCAGCUCCCACCCAGCAAGGAGGAGAGUGCUGCCAGGGCCAGGGAUCCCGGUGGAGAGGGCGUCCCAGUGUCCGCUGCGGAGGGAGCAGGCAGCACCUCUGCCUGCCCAGAUGGCAGCACUGGGGCUGAGAGCGAUCUGCUGGGUUCUGGCAAGGAGCUGGUGAGCAGCACAUGGGAGGGGGCACGUCCGGAGAGCUGCAAGCCCCCGCUGCCCCUGGAGCUGCUGUGCUGCGGCAUAGAGGGGCUCUCGCCCGCGGCCUGGGCCGAGGAGCCAGCGGGGGCAGAUGAGGACACAGGCUCACCGCAGCAGCACCCGUGCAGCCAGGAGGCCAAGGAGGAAGAGGGAGGUGGCUCCCCAAAGGCAGAGCCCCCCAGUGCCGGGACCCUGAGCCAGGCCAGCCCAGGUGCCGAGGAGAGCUGGGAUGCGUUGUUCAAUGAUGACGGGGACUGCCUGGACCCGCGCCUGCUGGAGGAGCUCUCGGGAGGUGAGAAGCGCCGGGAGAGCCAGCAGUCACCCCGCUUUGACUACUACGGGGCUGAGCCCGCUGCACCAGACCUCAGUGAUGCUGAGCUGCCCCAUGUCAUCGAGAUCUAUGAUUUCCCUUCGGAUUUCCGCACUGAGGACCUGCUGCGUGUCUUCUGCAGCUAUCAGAAAAAAGGCUUUGAUAUUAAGUGGGUGGACGAUACACAUGCCCUGGGCAUCUUCUCCAGCCCCAUAACAGCACGCGAUGCCCUCAGCACCAAGCACCUGAUGGUGAAGACGCGCCCUCUCUCCCAGGGCACCCGCGCCUCUAAAGCCAAAGCCAAGGCGUACACGGACUACCUGCAGCCAGCCAAGGAGCGCCCCGAAACAUCGGCCGCCCUGGCCAGGCGGCUGGUGAUCGGUGCCCUGGGGGUACGCAGCAACCAGACGCCAGCUCAGCGAGAUGCGGAGCGGAGGAAGCUGCAAGAAGCCCGGGAGAGGAAGCGCUUGGAGAACAAGCAGCGAGAGGAUGCCUGGGAGGGCCGGGAUUGAGUCAGGAGGCUGCACCUUCAGCCCCUCUGGGAACCCCCCCUGGGGUGCCCAGGCCCCUCUCUGUGGGCAGGCAGGGCACCCUGCAUCUCAGAGCUGGGAUGGAUCCUGCACCGCCUCCCAAAGCACUGGGCUGCUCCACCGAAAGGGCUGAGCAAGACACAUGCAGGCUGGCUGGUGCCGUCGGAUGCUGUGCCGUCAGGCAGCGCCGCCCGUCCUGCCCAGGGCAGGACCCCUGGUGCUGCCUGCUGCAGCAGGAGCUGCCGUUGGGACGUGGGGAGCUCGGCAGCAAGCACGUGGGGCUGUGCGGGGCAGCCCUGGCCACCUGGCAAGGCCUUGUGAGCAAGAGUUUCUGUCCUUUAUUUUGCUAAUAAAUACCAUUUAUUUUA